GAUUGAUGGCCAUGGUUACAUUUUAAUGCACGUCUUUAUAUCUAGAUGAAAAAUUGUUUGGAAGCUGUAUCUACAGAGUGGACAACAUACCAAACUGCAGAUAUUUUCAACCAGCUACGCUUGCUGACGGCUAUUAUCCAAACACAACAAGAAACUGAGAUACUCGGGUUACUGCCAGAAAACUGUUCUGCUCCAGUAGUACACAGGGAUGGAGGCCUGCUGUGUGUAUCUUCUAAGAAUAAGAUUUAUUGUAAACCAAUGUGCAAUACGGGUUAUGAUUUUAACUUUAUAAGAAGAUCAAGGUUGUACGAGGAAUGCAGUGCCGACACCCAAAACAAAUGGACAACACAGUACAUAGGUGGCAAUAGGCUGGCUGACUGCACUAAGUCCCCCAUUUCGGUGGCAGGAGCUCCGUCUGCCUACUUCCCUAAGGAAAAGGACUGUCAUAAGACAAAGAGCGAUGAAGAACUUAUGAAGAAUAUCACAAGCAUCUUUCAUUCAGAGCUUAUUAAAGCAGGCGUUACAUCAUUCGAAUCUUCAUGCCUUCUCUGUGGUGAGACUUAGAGCAUGAACUAGAGCCAACAAGCAGAUAAAACAUGUGCUUUACACUUUCUGUUUAACAUAAACAAUGACUCAACAUGUAAAACAACAUGUCAUGUUAUGAAAUCACAAAGUUGAAACAGUGGAAAAUAAUAUCAUUUAAGGAAAUUAACUUUAAUUAUGUUGUGAAAUAUUAAAUUGUAAUCACAAUUAUUUACAUUAUCAGCGUGCUAAAGAAAAAAUCUAAGCACUAAAUCAAUGCUGUAAUAGUAGUACUUUCACACUGUCUAACAUUUACUGAGCUCCAUACAUCUCAUACCAAAUGAAAGAAGGAAGUCACAUAUUUUGUAUUCAUUACAUUUUCAUAUCUUAUCUCAUUACGAAGUUGUAGACUAAUUAAUAGAGAAUGGCCACUUGUGACAACUUACCCCGCUCUCCCCUAUAAUAAAAAGGCAACCACAUUCACUUAAUAGCAACGCAACUGCUAUAGAACAGCUCAUAGUAAAUGCCUAGCAACUAUGUAUCUU